AUGGCCAGUAUCCCAGGUGAAGAGACACAGACGCAGGAAGGCGGUGCGGAGUUCGGCCCAAAUGAUUCGCUUCCUGCUGGAUCUGGUGACCCGACGGCCUUGGACCCAGAGUCCGACGACAAUGUUCCCAUCGAGGCUGAGGAACUUCAGGAGGCCUUAUCACGGCCACCGGCGGUCAACAGCAGCUACCUUCCCCUCCCGUGGAAAGGAAGACUGGGUUAUGCCUGCUUGAAUACGUAUCUGCGUUACUCCAACCCACCCGUCUUUUGCUCUCGGACCUGUCGCAUUGCCUCCAUCUUGGAGAAUCGCCAUCCGUUGCAGGACCCCUCACAGCCGGCCCAUCCGACCAAGAACCGCCCCGAUAAGACCCAAACUCCCGAUGUUGUGCGAGGGCAGGCUUUCGUGGAGGCCUUGGGCCUUGCGAAUGCGCGCGACCUUGUGAAAUUGCUGCGCUGGAACGACAGAUAUGGGAUCAAGUUCAUGCGCAUAAGCAGUGAAAUGUUCCCAUUUGCCAGCCAUAAGGAAUAUGGUUAUAAAUUGGCCCCAUUCGCCUCAGAGGCCUUGGGUGAAGCUGGGCGUGUCGUUGCUGAACUGCGCCAUCGCGUGACCGUCCAUCCCGGCCAGUUUACCCAGCUAGGCUCUCCCAGGACGGAUGUAGUGGAGAGCGCGAUCAGAGAUUUGGAGUAUCAUUCGGAAAUGCUUGAACUCCUUAGAUUACCGCCUCAGCAAAAUCGCGAUGCGGUCAUGAUUCUCCAUAUGGGGGGCGUGUUUGGCGACAAGGAAGCGACCCUGGAACGAUUUAGACAGAAUUACCGGACGCUCCCCCAGGAUAUCAAGAAUCGCCUCGUGUUGGAAAACGACGACGUGAGUUGGUCAGUGCAUGACUUGUUGCCAAUCUGCGAGGAGCUGAAUAUCCCACUCGUCUUGGACUAUCAUCAUCACAAUAUCAUUUUCGACGACAGCCAGCUUCGCGAGGGUACCUUGGAUAUCAUGGGUCUAUACGAUAGAAUCAAGGCGACAUGGACUCGCAAGAACAUCACCCAGAAGAUGCACUACUCAGAGCCUAUUGCCUCUGCCAUCACCAAAAGCCAACGUCGGAAGCACAGUGACCGAGUGUCAACGCUUCCCCCAUGUGACCCGACGAUGGACCUGAUGAUUGAAGCGAAGAACAAGGAACAAGCCGUGUUCGAGCUGAUGAGGAAUUUCAGGCUUCCUGGACAUGAGCUUGUGAACGACAUGAUCCCCUAUGCCCGCACGGACGAGAACAAGCCAUUCAAACCGCCUCGCAAAUCGGCAAAAAAGAACGGGGAUUUUGUCGAUCUGGAGAGCCACUUACCUCCCCCGCGUACAAUCCCCGAUGACGAGGUGGGCAUGGGAGGCCCUGAUCGGCGAGUCUACUGGCCUCCCGGUAUGGAAGAAUAUUUGCGACCGAAGAAGGUCAUCCGCGCGAAAGCGCCCUCCAGCCCUCGCAAACCUCGUACGCCUAAAAAGACGGCCGACACCAACAACGGGGAGACGUCGCUCCCUGACGGCAACGUGGAGGGUGAGGCACCGAGUCCACCUUCUAAAGGAAAACGGACCCCUCGGGGCGCUGCUACUCCCACCAAGAGAUCGAGUAGAAAACGAAAGGUCAGCUCGCCUCUUUCUACACCGGAUCCAUCAGAAAAUGAAGGGUCGGAUGAUGCCAUUGCAGAGAAACCUGCACGCUCUCCGAGCAAUGGCGUGCGACGGAGUCGACGUACGAAGACCGUCAACUAUGCCGAGGAGAGCGAGGCGUAA